AUGGCGUCGAGCAGCGUCUUCCGUUUCCUGGUGCUCCUGGCCGCUCUCAUCUGGAUUCUCGCUGACGAGAAGAACGUGACCAGGGAGAGGAAACGAUCUCCAAUAAACGGGAGCUGGUUCAACAUGGGCCUAAUGGAGUUCGAGAAGUGGUCGAACCAAAGCGGAAUAUUCACGGAGAGGUCUCGUCUCUGCGCCCGGAUCCGUGGUCUGACGCCGGGCCAGCGCCGCGUCUGCCGACGUCACAAGGACCACAUGCCUGUAGUCAGCGACGGCGUCAAGAAGGGCAUCGGCGAAUGUCAAUACCAGUUCCAAGGACGACGUUGGAACUGCACAGUCAUGGGCGAAACAGUCUUUGGGCCUUUGACUUUUAUUGCUUCCAGAGAAACAGCUUUCACUCAUGCGAUCACGGCCGCCGGGGUCUCCGUGGCAGUAUCUCGUGCCUGUCGCGAUGGUCGUCUGACCAGCUGCGGCUGUGGGACGGGCCCGCGACCUCGGAACCUGCACAGCGACUGGGUUUGGGGUGGCUGCGGGGACGACCUGGAGUACGGCUACAAAUUCACCGAAGGCUUCGUCGAUAUAAGAGAAAGAGAAGGUAAAGUGAAACGCGGCAGUCGGGAGCAGGGUCGCCAGCUGAUGAACAGACACAACAACGAGGCUGGUAGACGGGCGGUGAUAGCAAAAUCACGGGUGACUUGCAAAUGUCACGGAGUGUCGGGAUCCUGCAGCCUGAUCACGUGUUGGCAGCAGCUGGCCUCUUUUAGGGAGAUCGGCGAUUAUCUGAGAGACCGAUACGAAGGCGCAACAGAAGUGAAAGUUUCGAGACGAGGGAAGCUGCGUCUUAGAAAUCCUAGAUACAGCCUGCCGACAGCACAAGAUCUGGUGUACUUGGAAGAGUCGCCGAAUUACUGCGUCAAGAAUGAGUCUUUGGGCUCCCUCGGUACUUCUGGCCGAGAAUGCAACAGGACUUCUUUAGGCUUAGACGGGUGCUCAUUACUGUGCUGCGGAAGAGGUUACAACACUAAAAAAAUUAUGAUGAAAGAACGAUGUCAGUGCAAGUUCCACUGGUGCUGCCACGUGAAAUGCAAUACUUGUGUCAAAUCCACCGAACUUUAUACUUGUAAAUAA